ACCAGUUCAGGCACAGGCUCCUUGCCGAGGCCAAUACCAGCAAAACUAUGGAGUGUCAUGCCACCAAUGUUGCAAGCUGCCAGUCCUGUUGAUGCCGUGAUACUCAGUCGUUCGGGAUCACGAGCCCAUUUCUUCUUCAAAGCAGCAAUGAUGGAGCGCAUCAAGACAGAUUUACCCGUUCCUGCAGGACCGGUAAAGAAAACGCUUUGCAUCUUCUCGACCACC